GAGGUUGAACAUCCGAGUGAACAUCGAGCUGCUGCAGGUUUCUAAUCCUGUUCACAGAAAGGAUUUGGCUGUUCGAUUGACUGAUGAUAGCGAUCCCUUUUUCCUGUAUAACCUUGUCCUGUCUGAGGAGGAUUUCCAAAGUUUGAAGUCCCAGCAGGGUCUCUUGGUGGACUUCUCUGCUUUCCCGCAGAAGUUUAUCGAUCUGCUUCAGCAGUGCAUUCAGGAGCAGGACAAGGAUCUCCCGAGGUUUCUGCUGCAGCUGGUUUCUCCAGCCUCCGUCCUGGAUCACACGCCUGUCUCUCUAAAUGUGGUGGAGACCAACCCUUUUAAACACCUGACCCAUCUCUCCCUGAAGUUCCUACCAGGGAACGACGCAGCGAUAAAGAAGUUUCUAGCCAGCUGUUUGAAAGGCCUUAAGGAAGACAAAGCGAUGCUGGAAGAAAAGCUUAUAAAAACCGAGGAGGAUCUGACCAGGCGGCUGAGCUGUGCUCAACAGAGCUUGUCAGAGAAGAGCCGAGAACUAGAGAAGCUGAGAAACGAAUGGACGUCACGCGCUGCGGCUCUAACGAGCACGCACACGCAGGAGCUGGCGAGUGAAAAGGAAAGAGCUCUCCAGGCACAAGCUCAGUACCAGCAACAGCAGGAGCAGCAGAAAAAGGAGCUGGAAAACCUGCACCAGAAGAGCAUUCAGCUGUUGCAGAACAGGCUCUCGGAACUGGAGGCCAUCAACAAAGAUCUGACGGAGAGGAGAUACAAAGGAGACGCCACAGUCAGGGAGCUGAAAGCAAAGCUUUCGGGACUGGAGGAGGAAUGUCAGAGGGCGAAGCAGGAGGUUCUGUCGCUGCGGCGGGAGAACGCUACCCUGGAUGCCGAGUGUCACGAAAAAGAGAAACUCCUGAACCAGCUGCAGAUGCGGGUUGCUGUCCUGGAGCAGGAAAUCAGGGACAAAGACCAGCUCGUCAGCAGAACCAAAGAAGUGUUGGAGGCAACACAGGAACAAAAGGCGAUACUGGAAGAGAGCACAGAGAGAACCCAGAGCCACACUGACAAACUAGAGACAACAAUCAAGUCGCUGUCGGCUGAACUUCUUAAGGCUAAUGAGAUCAUUAAGAAGUUGCAAGGAGACUUGAAAACUCUGAUGAGUAAAUUAAAAUUAAAAAACACAGUAACAAUUCAUCUGGCAGAAAAAGAAGAGAGACUUCAGAAAGAGCAGCGGGAAUUGCAGGAGACAGGACAAGCUCUUCGCGUGAAGGAGCAGGAGGUUUGCAAGCUGCAGGAACAGCUGGAGGUGACGGCACAGAAACUAGAAGAGAGUAGGCAGUUACUGAAAACCAACGAGAACGUGAUCACGUGGCUGAACAAACAGCUCAACGAAACGCAGAUGGCAAAGCUGCCGGAGGCUUCGGCGGGCACCCGCGCUGGGGUUAGGGCUGCCGGCUUGCCACACGGCACGCCUGACCGACCGUGCUUUCCUGGCUCCGGAAUCAGUCAUCCCCUUUCUCCUCUGUAUGCCUUCCAGAACUUUGCGGAGCCAGCCCACAACAAGAACGUCCAUCUGCAGUGCGCGGUACCAAAGGCAGGCACCUGUCAGUUCAGUUUGGGUAACAGUGCGCUGGCUUCAUGUGCCAAAGCACAAGGGGCUGCUGCCACUGGUCACCCGGCAAACAAGGAGAAUGGUGAUAACCUGGGGCUGGACCCGAAGUAUUUCAAGAAGAAAGAUGAGAGCAUUCCCCUGCGAGGGCUGAGUCAAAACACACUUGGCGCCGAGCACCCAAGACUGCACUUCCCGGCAAAAGCCCAGCCAUCCCUGAAGGCCGGUGCGCGGCUUCUGAACCAGCACAAGCUUAAAGACCCGCUGACGGCCUGA